AAUGUAUUUUGUUAGUUGUGCAUUUUCAAAAGCAACUCCAAGCCGUAGUAACGUUUGCUUAUGCGGGAGUCUACUUGUUUUCUGAAGGAAUCCACAAUUUCAGAUGUCAUAUCAACAAUCACCAGUGAUGAUGAAUCUUCUAGUUCCCUCGAGGAUGACAGCACAGAACUACUAGCACAACUCUAUCUGGAUAAGUCAUCUGAUGAAAAUGAUCAUUUCUCUUCAAAUGAUAGUGAGCAUCACUCAUCAUCUCUAAGUCACGAUACAAGCAUUUUUGAUCACUCGCUAGGUGAAAAAUCACAAACAGCCUCACGGCAUUAUCAUGAAUCUAAACUCAUAACACGGAAAGGAUCGUCUGGAGUCAAACGCGUAUUCGUUUCUCAUUGUGUGAGCCCACGUUUUGGUUUGGCCAGGAAAACUCCUUUCAGUGUGCUAACAAAAAACAAGAACAACUUUAGUUCCAUGCUUCAUGAAAAUUGUGUAGAUGGGUUCUUCAGAGAGAGGUGCAAGUCAUGUGACUUUUUGAAAAUUGGGAAAAAAGGUUCUUUACCAUCUGGACUAUGUGAAUGUGUUUGUUCUGCUUGUCCUACUUCUACUAUGUCAAAAUACGGCAAACAUAAAAUCGGAACUCCAGUGAGGUACACAAAAGCAUCACCAGAAACAGAUUAUCAUAUUGACAAGUUGAAAAGAAAAAUAUCCUCAAAUGAAUAUACUACUAUCAGAAAUAAACAUCCAUGUAAUCAAGAUUCAUCAAAAUUAUCACCUAAUCAUUGUGAUUCACCUAGCGCUGAUUUAUAUGAUAUCACAGAAUGUUUAAUUAGUGAAAGUGUUCGUGAUAACUUAUUGCAUAAUAAACAUGAUUCUUUAUUAAAGAAAGCAUCGAUUAAUCAAGAAGUCAAUAAAAUGAAAGAAGACAACAAUGAAAUUAUGAAUGAAGUUAAAAAUUUACAAGAUCUAGAUGAGAAACUUUCAGCUUGGGCAUGUUGGCUGUUAGAGAAAGAGGAACAAAAGCGAAAACAAAAGAAGGAAUUAAAAAAGAAACAGGCUAAAGAAAUACAAAAAAGAAAUCAACUAAUGGCACAGAAAAUGGACAGAAAAAAGAUGGCUGAACAAAAAUGUAAGGAAUGGAUUCAAGCUAAACAAAAAGAACUAAGUCAAAUGAAAAAGCUGAAAGAAAUAGAGAAAAAGGAGAAAGAAAUAGUAAGAUUACAAGAACUACUUGAAAGAACCGAGAAAGCUAGAUUAAAAUAUGAAGAAUGGUGUAAAAAGAAACAUGAAGAGGAGGACAGAAAAAGAGGCUUUGAAAAACAAGUAGAAUUGAAUAAACAACUAGCCAAAGAAAGUCGUAAAGAAGCGUCAGCUGUAGCCUAUACUCAAUGGUUAAAAACUGUUGGUUCCAAAAAAUUGCCACCGUACUAUUCACAUGGUUAUUCUGAUGGAAAACUUAUUGAAAUUCAUAUCAUUAGCCUACAUUCAAGCCUCAAAAUCAAUAUCUUCAUGCCAUGGUAUCAUACUAUGCCACGAUCAUAUUGAACAAUCUUCAAUCUUAGUUGGAGUUAUUCUUUUGAGAAAUAAUUUAAUGACUUCCUGUGUAAGCUACAGAUAUGCUACACUGAAUAAUAAUGAUUUGGUAUUUCCACCAAGUAUAACCAGUCUUCUGUGUGGGACUUUUCAGUUGGAUGUACAACAUUCACUAGAAGUCGGGUGUACCCAGCUGACGAGCCUCAGUGGGUUGAAACACGUUUCCUGAAUCUCAUCGCCACACAAUAUUUACCCUUAAAAUCAAAAUGAAAUUACCUGCCAUAUCGAGCCAUCUAAACAGAGACCCGUAUGUCAGCAGUUGCAGAUCUAUUUUGUCAAAACCAACCAACAAUGGGAAAUAACAAGUAAUACUAUCUGCAUACAGAAGAGGUUUAUUUAUCAAAGUAUCUACCAUAAAAGUUAUUAUUUUUAUUCUUGCAGAUUAUUACGAUCGAACAGCGAAUCCGCCUCCAAGUUUUAUAAAUCCUAAUCCAUGGAUCAGUCCUUUAGAGCCAACAACAACUACAAAAGAAAAUGAUGAGAGGUAGAGACAUCCAGAAAGUCUACUGAAGAAAACAACACUCCUCACAACAAUGACUACUUUAUGAUUAUUAUACAUAGGCAGAUCGGAUUCUAAUUAAUACAUUAUGAUAUGUAUAUGUCAAGUGAAUAGUGGACAGAUAGUUUUUGAAAGAAAUCUUACUUACCGGAUGCAUAUCACUUCAAGCUGUACAUUUACUGAUAUUGUUCCAAUGUUGAUUAUACCUCAAUGAUUCUUAAAGAACUAGACUUUUUAUUGGAUUAACUAAAAUCCACUGACUGAGUGUAAUUUCUUCAAAAUGAAGAUAUGAAUUAUUGCACACG